AUGAGGAUGCUCUGGGAGCGCCGCCAGGCAUCUCAAGCUGAAGGUGAUGCUCCUCCAGAGCUCCUGGGCGCCCUCACUGCUGGUAAUGCGUGCUGGGGUCCGACAGCAGCGCAAGGCGGUCCAAUAAACGACCUUCAAACAAGCAAUCUAGGCUUGUCCCUUGAAGAACACGUCGAGACAUGGAAGCCGCUCUUCUUCACGAGCUCGGAAGAGUUCAGUGCUGACUCUUUGUGUGUGUCGCCUCCGCCUCCAACGUCAGCACCAGGAGAAGUAAACGACGCCGUCUCUGUCCGCUCACAGAGAGUGGACAACGAGGACAAUGAAAUAUUGAUUCCAGUUUCAGCCACGUUUUUCCUGGGCUGCGAAACGUGUGGCAGCGGCAACGGCCAGGGGCUCUUGUCCCCUCCGUCAGACCGAGCAUCACAGAUGCCCCCCGAAACCUCUCAGGAGGGGUCCACAGAGCUUCCUCUGGGCCUGUUCACGUCGGUGGUAAGGGAUGGCACUGGAACUCAGGGAGCAGCUCGAGAGUACUCAGAGUUUCACAAGGCCCAGAAGGGCCUUGUGGUCGCCCCUAAGGCCUCAGCAGAAGAGCAUGGGCCCUUGCAGUCCUCAAGACUCAUAGGAAGCAAAGGCACGCGUGCCAGAGACGGCGAUGGGAGCGAACAGCUCUGUGAUGCUGCCGCUCAUGGAAGCUCGCCCGCCAUAACCCCCAAGCCGGAAUGGACUACAGGCGCCCCUCCAAGUGCUGCCGUUCCGGCGGCUCCAGAGGACAGCCAGAACUGCAACACUUGCGGCAACCAUGUUAGCUGUGUUGACUGCAGAUGCAACGAUGUCCAUGCUGUGUGUAAGCACCAGCAGGGGCCUUUGCAGCAUGUAAACGGCAGCCACACGAUGCUACUGCUCAACGACUCUCGAGACUAUCCAUUUCGACACCAGGAGGGCCUACCAACAGAGGAGGCAGGAGACCUUGGAACCCCUACCGUGGGAAGCCUUUCAAUGUCCAGCGUGGUGCCCAAGCUGUUAUGUGACCAACUGGAACAACAGCGGCUGGACGAAGAAGAGGUUCAGACCGCGCGCGAACUGGAAUCUGAGCCUGCCCCAACCGCAUCAGAAAAAGACGCACCUCUUUUCCCGCAAGAAAAGCAGCAACAGAAGCCGCCACAGCCCUUGGAACCGACUGCGGCGCCUCGGCCUGCGCAGCCAAUCGCUGGUGCACCAAUCGACUUAAGCACAGCAGUAACGGUGCCAUCAGACGCGGCAGAUGCAACGUUUGUAGGUGUAGUUGUGGCACAGAAAAGUCAAGCGUCGGACGGUGCCUCUUCUAGAGCUUCAGCGCAGCCGACUAACCAGAAGCAGCAAGAACAGCAAGAAAAACAGCAGCAAGGGCAGCGGGGGUGUCUUUCUUCAUCAGCUACAGUUCGUGCGGCCAGCAGGAGGGCCUUGCUGGACAGCCUUCGCUUUACCUUUCCCCUGAGUGGCACUGCAGCAGCACCAGCGGCAACAGAGGGCUCCCCUACUACUGCGGCCACCCCAGGGAACGCGAGCAGCUGGAAAGAAGGCUCUGUGCGCCAGAGCUUUGGACCCGCUGUAAGCAGUGUUCGGCCUGGUUCCAGGGUGCCGCUUUCAUGUCAGGAUGCGGCGACAACUUCGGCAGCAAGUGCCACACCGGCGCAGACACGCACUUCUUUCUGGGGCAGCGGCAAUUUGAGGGGUUUCGGCAGCGCUUCACGGGCACUGACGGUCCGGGAGGUCAUCAGUGAAGCCCUACGCAACAGGUGCAGCAACGGUAACCGGGAGGGUGUCGUAGCCUUCAGAGGUGGGGGGACGCAAUCCUCUCAACAGCCGUCCUGGCAGACCGCCUUAUGCUAUAGCAGCCGGUCCUAUUCUUCACUGGACAGGGAGGCCCUUCUCUUCUAUCUGCAGCUUGUCUCGGCCUUUGAGACGCACUGGGUACCAGUGAAGCCUCUUCUCUCCUUGGAGCCUGUAUUGCCUCCCCCGGCGACCAAUGACGCAGUUCGCCCGUCACCGUCACUGGGAGCCCCGGGAAGCGUAAUCGUUUACCUGGUGGCUCCCUGUCUAAUCCGAGCUAUCCGCAAGGUCAGGCUCCUGCCGAUGCAACUGCAAGCCCUCGCUGUCCAGGAGAUAUCCCUCUGCAGUAGUGGCCCUGGCUAUGCAGGAUCAUUGCAGCAGCAGCAAGAAGAAGACCACAGCGAAGGGCUUCAAAAGGUGUUGAAAGCAGCUCAGCAGCAUGUGAAACUGCCGAACCCCCUGAAGCUCCACAUGCAGGCAGCAGCCACAACACCGCUUUCAAAGGCGCUCUUAGAUUCGGCUGUCUCUGGAAGGCCAUGUGCCUCCCCUUCUGCGCCGAGGACCCCAGAAACAAAGCCACUCGAGUCGUCUGGAGGUGGAAACCGCGUGAUAGAUGUUUUCCUUUGCUGUGGCGGAAAGGAUAUGCUGGCCCUGGAUUGGCUGCCCUUCGUAUCCCGCUACCUGCACUUUUGCUUAUCGGCUUCUGUGCGCCGAAAGCAGCAGGCAGCCGUACGGGAGGGGCGCUUAACGUUUUCCGAAGACGCAGUCUUCCGCACGGCGGCAGCAGCAGCGCAGCAGCAGCGGGUGGGAGCGAAGGGACAUGAGAAGGCAGAGGUCAUCGCGCAGGUGCUCGCUAGGGCAGCCAGCAUGCAUAUCGGCGUUGCUCAGGUGGCUGAGGAGAGUUCCAUUCCAGGCCUGGCGGCAUCACCAGCGCCUUCAUCAUCGGCGGCAGACGUGGCGAAUAAGGAUGGAGCCUCGCUUGUGGAAUUGGAGGUGCCCGUGCUCCUGAAGAUGGAUAUGGCCUUCGUACUACUUGACUACCCAGGCUAUGGGCACAAUCACGGAGAUGUUCCCACACCGGAAGUGAGGGGGCUCACAGCGUCUCUUCGCCAGUUGAGGGCUCAAAGCGGAGGGCGCUGCAGAUUCCGGACGGCCAACAUUAUCUGCAAAGAGUUGAUUUGGAUGCAGCGAGAGCUGCAGAGGCGGCACUCUUCCUCCGGCGGGAAUAGCCGCAUCAGUACCAGCAGCAGCAGUAGUAGCACAUGGGCCUCCUUAACAGGCAGAGAAACUAGCAACAGGAGUAGCAGGUCGAAUUCACGUAGCGGCAGCUCCAGCAGUGAACACGAGGGCGGCAGCACAGAAAACGGGAACGGUAGAAGCCGCAGGAGUAAUAGUCCAAGCGGUGGCACCAGGCAGGCGGCAACUACGGUCGAUAGCACCGAUGCAGUAGCUGCUUCACCCGUGCAGCAGUCAUUUGUGUCUCCCUUAAGAGCCCACCGUACACCAGCAGCAACCUCACCGUCAGUCCACCCUAGAGCAUCCUCUGCCACAAGCACUCAACGCACUACCAGUCUACGCAGCAGCGUUGAGGAGGACUGGGGUGACAGCACUUGGGGUGUAGAGUCAGCACUAUCCGAUCUGAAACCAGCGGACACUUCGUUUGGAGGUCCUCUGGGGUCUGUGAGCCUGGGCUGGGAACUCCGGGCCUUUUUCGAGGAGCUACUCGACGAAAAUGAUGCCUCUUGGGGGCAGCAGCAGGGGCAUGACGAGGAGUUAGAAGCGCCUAUAUCGUUUCGAGGUCUAGCACUUGUUGCUACCUUCACUACUACUGCGGACUGCGCUGCGGCCUUUCUACAGCUGCCAUCCCCCCUGAAUGCGGUUUUUCGAUCACUGAUAGAGUUUAUCCAAGAUGAAAAUACCAAGUGGAACAAUGAGCUAGCAAUCCGCCGCUUCUGCACGACCCUUGCCACCGGUCGUUCAGGGCUAUUCAAGGGGGCUCAACUUUUAAUUUUUCACGGAACCGCCGACCGUGUAGUGCCUUGCUGGAUGGGGGCUCGCCUCUUUGCACUUGCGGGCGAGAGCGGAAUCUUUCACCAAAAGGAACAUCCUGAAGAACAGAAGAAAGAAGCUCAACUGGAGCCGCUGAGCAAGCACGAUGGUGAAUCUGCCGUUCACCGCUCCACAGGACAAGGGGUGACAGUCUCGGAGGGUGCAUCAGCCCCUCUACCUGCAUCUGCAACAACGGUUGCGGCCAGAGACGACUUUGCCUGCAUUCAAGAGGCAGGUCAAAUGGAGUCUCCGUGUGCGGGCCUUUGCAUGGAGGCGCAAGAGCAUCUUGCAGGUGCUCGUACGGGUAGUGCUUUUGAACAGCCGCGAAAGGAUCAUGCAGUUACUGUACAUCCGGGCUGUGAAGGUGGAGAUGCUCCACCUCGCGUCCAAACAGGUUCAGCCUAUGAGGGUGACUUCAAUGCGGAGUGCGUCCCCACUCAUGCCGUUGUGCGGCUGGCCUGCGAUGCUGCACAAGACUGGCUGCCUUCGACGGAUCAGCGGCCUGCAGCAGCCACACAGGCCGCAGCACGAGCAGAGCCAUCUUUGCGAAACCCAGAGAGGGGAUUAUUGCCAGCUGAAGAUUUGUUGAAAAGUCAUUCUUUGCGAAGGCACUCACUUGCUCGAGAUCCUCGGGGUCUUUUGACCCUCCAGCCUCACUCGUCUGUGGCCCAUAGCGAUACGGAGGCCUGCAAUAGCAGUGGAAACAGCAAUAGCCAUGCAUGCGCUUCCCUGUCGUUGGAGUCACAGACGGGUGAAGUCGCCCGAAUUGAAGGGGGGUCAAUGCAAUUGUCUGUGAGAUGCCAGGACACCCCAGCACCUAGCGAAGUGGACGAACCAAAAGGAGGCGCCGUUCCCAGCAGGGCUCUCCCACGGGUGUCGCCUUCUUUCAGGGCGCCAGGGUCCCAUAGGGAAUCCGCCUCAGGUCCUCAUGGCAUUCUUCACUGCCCUGAGUGUCUAUGCAGCCCACACCUGGAGUGGGGAGCUCCAGAUCUAGCGGCUGAUGCCGUGCUAUCUGUUGCCUGCAGUUCUUCGAGCUGGGUGGAGCGGAUCACCGCACGGUUUGCUCGGCCGGUAAAUUCCAAAAGAAGAUAUUCCAGCGACUCUAUGAUGAAACGAUUGUUAGAGUCCUCAGAUGAAGGUGGACCCCCUGAUGAUGCUUUCACAAAGACUUUCAAAGCAGUAGGGCCCUACAAUAAUCUCGAGCCGAAGGGUCGUGGAACUCUCAAGAGGGCAAGGGCCCAGAGUCAGGAGGAAACGGUUUUCAAUCCUUGCGGAUCUUCUCUUGAAACUGUGCACACCAACCUGAACAGGAAGUGGGGUUCCCAAUAG